AUGUCUACUAGUCCAAAUACUCCUGAAGAAUAUAAUAAAGAAGAAAUUUUACAAAGUUUACAAAAUUUAAGUUUUGAAGAAACAGCUGCAAUAAAUGAAGAAAAUUUGAAUAAAAAUUUAGGAUUAGCUCAAAAAGUUAAAUUUUAUACAACUACUUCUAUUCAUAUUUAUUUACAACAGCAACAUAAUUUAUUAUUAGAAAAAGAAAAAUUAAAUUUUAUAAUUAAAAAAUAUUCAGUAGAAAUUCAAGCAGAAAAACUCAAGCAAUUUUUGAAUAGAUUAUCUUAG